GCGUCCGCGAAUUAGUAACAAAAAUAUUCUUUUAAGUGGAACGUAACGUAAUAAUAUUGCUGAACUAUUGCUAAAAAACGGUGUCAGUGCUCUAGUUCAGUAGUUUAGUGCAUAAAUUGCAGUGCAGCCUAAAAAAAAGAAACGCAACAACCGUAAACGCAUUAAAAGAAAAACGCCUGCUACAAAAUUGACGCGCUGAAAUCGCUCACAAAAUGUGAAGAGCAGUUUAAACAAAGACAAACAGAACAAUUUUAUUUAAUCUUAAAAUAUAAAAUAACAAGCAGUGACAACGAAAACAUAACAUUGUGCGUGGGCGCAAGACUGCAGUAACCCACCAAUUUAUUCAGCAGCUGUAUCUAGCUACUUUAUUUCUUUCUUUUUCGAACAAUAUUAAGUCGAUUUAAUAUAGAAUGCUACCCAGUUUUCGUAACUUAAUGCGUUGCUCGACGAGCGUUUUGCAAGCCGCCGGUGGCACCACCGCCAUAAAGAUGCGGAACGGCCACAGCAAGGCCACAGCACCCUUUGGCCCCUUCCCGCCCGAUGAUGAGCUCGCCUGCUCGGGUCGGGGGGACUGCCUCAAUGGUACCUGUCUCUGCGAGAUCCGCUAUGCAGGCGACGAGUGCAGUGGCUUCAAUAUUCCCUACUAUGCCGGCAUCUCCAGCGUCUUCUACCUGGUUGCACUCGUCUCGGUCAUUCAGCUGUUCAUCUGUAUUGUCGCCGAGUACCAGCGCCUGAAGCAGCCCUCGGUGCUACGUGCCUGUCGCAUCACAACCCAGAAGCUGCUCUACUUCAUGGUCUUUGUAGCGGCUUCUCUACGCGGCGCCUACUUCACCACACCGUUGGAACAACAACCUCAAUGGGCUGUCACCCUGAUGUCGGCCUAUUAUCCCCUGCUGAUGACCUGCGCCUCCCUCAUCGUCUGUUUGUGGGCCGAGAUCUUUCAUUUGCGCGACAUACGCUGGGAAAAGUCCCAAUUCCUGUCGAAGAGCUUCCUGGGCUUUGUGGCCUUCAAUUUCUUCCUGUACAGUCUGUUUGGCAUCGAGGUCUUCAAUUCGCUGAUCAACGUCGAUCGUCGCGCCUAUGCUCAUAUCUUUAAUGGCUGCUAUGCAGUUUUAUUGCUCAUCGUAGUGAUCUUCUUUCUCAUCUAUGGUGUGGAGGUUUUCUUCAAACUCCGCGGCGGCUUCGUCUACGAUCAGACGGGAAAAAUACUGGGACCCAGCGAGGCCAUUGUAAAUGCCUCCCAGCUGCAUCAGUCGCGCUUUGGUCUGCUCAGUCAGGCCAUAAUGCUCAUUGUUAUUGUGGGCUUCCUGGCCUCCGAAACUUUGGGUGACUUCUGGAAGACAAAAGUGCCCGUCUAUUCUCGGAACUGGCAUGAUAUUGUCUUUCGGAUUGCGGAAAUUGGUGUUGCUGUGUGGUUCCCCUGCUGCCUCUGGAACUCGAUGGCUCCCGAACAGCUCUGGAUACUUAAUCCGCGGAAACUGCUUUCGCGUCAAAUCGAUCCCUCGAUACCCACGAUGAAUGCGGAUGCCAGCAAACUGUCACCCGAAGAAGGUCAAUCGUUUCUCACCAAGAAAGACUGUUGGAUAUGCUAUGACAGCGAUAAACCGGAGCCGCUCAUUCAGCCCUGUCGCUGCACGGGUGAUGUCAGCUCCGUGCACCACAAGUGUCUCAAGCGCUGGCUUGUAGAGAGCUGCAGCAACUCGGAGGCACAGCUCUCGUGCAAGGUGUGCGGCCAUCCAUACGAAAUUGAGAAAUCCAAAAAACUCGAGUGGGAUAAAGGUUUCACUGUUCAACACUGGUCCAAAACAUUCAUAUUAAUUACACUGAUGGUUGUGACGGGCGCCGCCGCCUGGGUGGUUAUACAGAUGAACACAGAUCCGUUAGUGCGAGUGAUGACUGUCGGCAUAGCCGUGCUGAUCGCCUAUGUGUGCGUCAAGUGUCUGGGGGAGAACACGGUGGUGGCCUAUCAGCGGGCCAAGGUCAGCUCGAUUAACAUUGUGACGACCAGCACGGAGAUGGAGAAACUGCACACCAUUUGCGAGGAUGUGAGCGCCAGCACCUCAGCGUCGGCAGUGCUCAACACAUAGGCGGCUGUUCAAAUCGGCGCAUCGUCAUCAUUAUCAGCAUCAUGAUAAUAUGUAUCAUUAAUUUAUGCCAUAAGGAACACACACUCCCAUCAACCAGACAUCACACUUAUGUAUAAUUAGUUGUGCACACAUUUUGCAAUGCUCAAUUAGUUUGUUAGCGUUUAUCCCGAUUCUUCCCCAACAACAACAUAUGUUAGUGAGCAAUGUGUACAUAGAUUUUAAAGAUUCUUAGCUGGUAAGCGAGUUAAGCGAUGAAGCUGUUCAGCUUUUGCAAACGGUUCGAUUAACGAGUCAAUUUUUGUCUCUCAAUUUAGCACGCAUAUUUCUAAAUCUAUGCGCGAAAUGUAUUAAAAGAAGCCAAAUAUUUCAUAGUUUAAAAAACAUGUUUGAAACUUAAGUCAGUAUCGAUAACAACAACAACAAAACAAACAUCCACACACACACACACACACACUAUUGAGAUUAUGAACGAGUUGCCAAGUAGUCCCAUUUUACGGCCCAUUUUACGGGGUGGCGGGAAUUUCGGUCAGUUUAGCUGCCCGUCCUAGGCGUUAGUAGUUUGUAGUCACACAGCUUUUUGCUAUUCUAUUAUUGUUACGAUUAUUAUUAUUACAGCACACUAUUAAAGUCUACAUAAAUAUGUACUUCUUUUUCAAUUUACCGAAUAUUAAUUCUAAGUUGAUAUAUUUGUGUUAAAUAUAGUAUGUUUUGUGUGUUGAUGAUUACGCGUAGAGCAUAAGUAAUUUGAAAAUACAUUUAACAAUUUAAUUUAUUAUACCAUACCACAUACAUUUCAAAACUGCUUCGAUUAUAAGUUACUCAAAUUUAAUUUGCUACCACAUAGGCUACCAUAAAUUUUUGUGAUACACAAAUUAAGAUAAUUAAAAACAAAUUUUUAAAAUCAA